CCGACGGAUUCAGACAUAUUUUUGCCAUAUUCUAUUUUUAGGCGGGAAAAACUAUAAAGUUUUGAUGUUCUUUCCUCAGAAAUUGUGUCAAUUUCUACCCUGUUUUUAUUGUUAAUCGAUAUGUACAUUGUAGACCGUACUCUAUACGUUUGAUGAGUUCGCUCUCUACCGAUAGUUCCAAACUCUCCGAGUAAAACUUUUAUGUUUCAGCGUCUGGCUAAGGUACAUGUCUAUUGCGGGUUAUGUUGUGGUUUAUAGGUACCACAGGGCUGUAUGCUUAACGUUUUAGAAUUUCCCCAGAAUGUUGACGAGCUCUAUUACUAUCAGGAGGACUGCGGUUGAGAGUAAUUGACAUUGACACCUGAUGAUUGUUAAUUACAUUAGAGGAGUCAGUAGCCAGAAAAAUAAUUCCCGUCUAUUUCUGGAGGAGAGAGUGUUAAAGAGAAUAAGGGGUCAAAUAUGAUGGGAAAAGUUUUUGAAUCAAUAUUUCCGAUGAGAACUUGGGUUUAUACCUGAAGGAGAGAGGAAAGGCAUCUCAGAAAAUUGUUUGCCGGAACAUGUUUCAACCAAAUCAAAGUAAUGGAUCUCUACUUUCACUUAUAAAUAAUGAAAAUUCCGUUCUGUGUGUAUUUUAUUGUAUUUGUGAUUUCCUUGUCUAACGUGGUUCGUCUGUAUGUUUGUGAGAAAACAAAUAUAACUGUUGGAUAUUUAACGGUUGACAAAACUGACAAAUACAUCCGGAAUCGACAAGGGAGGAUUAUUUCCGGUGCUAUAACUUACGCUUUGGAACGGGUGAACGCCAAUCCGGAAGUCCUUCCAAAUCACUUCCUGAACCUGAUAUGGGGAGACACCAAAGGGGAUACACUGACCGCCGUCAAACUGUUGACGGACCAAUGGAAGCUGGGGGUGGUGGCCUUCUUUGGGUUGGAGGAUAGCUGCAGCGUGGAGGCCCGGGUGGCCGCAGCAUGGAACCUCCCACUUAUAUCUUAUAAAUGUGCAGAUGAUGAAGUUUCCAUCAAGAGUAUGUACCCCACCUUCGCCAGGACCUAUCCCCCCGUUAAACAGGUUACCAAGUCCCUGGUUGCGCUGCUGCUUCACUUUAACUGGAAGAAGUUCACCAUGAUUGUAGGCUCCUCUCACAAGCAGCAGACGAUCGCCGAGAAGUUGUUAGAACAUGCAGAAAUUUCCAACAUCACAGUCAACGACCGACAGGAAUACACGGAACCCUAUACCCCCUUCUCCAACGGAAACCCAUUUCCGGGAAUCGUGGACAGAACGUACGUGGACACCAGAGUUUAUGUUUUCCUGGGAGAUUUGAAUGGAGUGGUGGAUCUAAUGACAAACUUGUACGACAGAGGCCUGUUAGACACGGGGGAGUACAUCGUCAUAUUCGUAGAUCACGUGACCUUUGAUAGAACGGAACCUCUAAAAUACUUUAAACGAACGAUUGACAACCCCGAGGAGAAGAGGAACGUAGAUGCUGCUCGGUCGUUGUUAAUUAUCACACUUAGUCCCUACUCCAGUCAGAACUAUACACAAUUCCAGGACAAAGUCAGAGAAUUCAACGAGGAACCGCCAUUUAAUUUCUUCAACCCAUUUCCUGCUUAUGAGAAAAAGAUAACUGUCUACGCGGCAUAUUUAUACGAUGCCGUCAUGUUGUACGCCAAAGCUGCUCACAAACUUGUGGAGUCGGGAGGAUCGAUCGCAGAUGGGGCGGCUAUUAUUCAUUCUUUGUUAAACCAAAGUUAUGAAAGUAUACAAGGAACCACCACCUUCAUUGACCAAAAUGGCGACGCUGAGGGAAACUACACCUUACUGGCGAGAAUGGAGAUAAAUGACCCUAAAUCCAAGUACUCCAUGCAGCCUGUUGGUCACUUUCAAUCUAGUGAUGGGUCCUUACCGGUUCUGAGGCUGUACAGUAACGACCUGAUUGAUUGGGUGUCGGGCCGUCCCCCCGUGGACGAACCCCCGUGUGGAUACAGAAGACAACGAUGUAUACCGCCAAAACAAUACACCUUGGAGAUCGUUUUGGGGACCAUGGGGGCUCUCCUAUUGUUUUCAUUAGUAGUUAUCCUAAUAGUUUAUAGAAAUUGGAAAUACGAACAGGAAAUAGCAGGUUUGCUGUGGAAGGUGGACAAGGCAGAUAUCCAUGCGUCUUUGUCCGGUCACAGGAACUCAGAGUUUAAUAUGGAACAGGAGAAGAAAGAAGCGUAUGGCAGCAAGUUGUCUCUAAACAGUCAGCAAUCCAUGGACUCGCGAGCAUCUAACCAACAAGUAUACACAGCCACCAGCUACUACAAAGGGCAGCUUGUGGCCAUAAAGAAAUACGAAAUCAAAUCACUGGUCAUCAACAGGAAAAUGCAAAAAGAAAUGAAAGUGAUGCGAGAUUUGCGGCACAGCAAUGUCAAUGCCUUUAUUGGUGCCUGUAUUGAUCAUCCAAGAUUUAUCAUUCUUACUGAAUAUUGUUCCAAAGGAAGUCUGCAAGACAUCUUGGAAAAUGAAGAUGUAAAGUUAGAUGAGAUGUUUAUUGCCUCUCUAAUCAAAGACAUGAUUCAGGGCCUUCUUUUUCUGCACAACAGUGAGUUAGGGUGUCACGGCAAUUUAAAGUCUUCAAAUUGUGUUGUAAAUAGCCGCUGGACAUUGCAAGUUUCAGAUUUUGGACUUCUUGACAUCCGAGCUAAAACAUAUCGAAAAGAGGAUGAACACGCCUACUACAGAAAUUUAUUUUGGCGUGCUCCCGAGGAACUACGGAGUCCGCAGACGAGGGGGUCGCCUAAGGGUGACGUUUACGCCUUUGGAAUCAUCCUUCAUGAGAUAUUUGGAAGAGGGGGGCCUUUUGGAUUUUGUAACAUGGUGCCUAAAGAUAUUGUGUAUCGAGUGAUGGACGGUGGGAUGAUCCCAUUUAGACCAGAUACUAGUACUUUAAAAUGUGAGAAGUAUGUGAUCGAUUGUAUGGUGGAUUGUUGGAGUGAAGCGCCGGAAGACAGACCCGACUUCCGCUGCAUUUAUAAAACCUUACACAAAAUGCGAGAGGGAAUGAAGAGAAACAUCUUUGACCAGAUCAUGACAAUGAUGGAAUCGUACCAGAAUCACCUAGAGGAACUGGUGGAGAGUAGGACUAUACAACUGGCGGACGAAAAGAGGAUCACCGAAACCCUCCUACACCGCAUGCUUCCAAGACCAAUUGCUGACCAACUGAAAGUUGGACAUUGUGUCAAACCGGAAGUGUAUGAAUCUGUCACAAUAUACUUCAGCGAUAUUUGUGGAUUCACGAAACUCUCAGCAGAAAUCACACCAAUGGAGGUGGUGCAAAUGUUGAACUCUCUUUAUACCAAGUUUGAUUCCAUCAUCAAGAACUACGAUGUAUAUAAAGUGGAAACGAUCGGCGACGCGUAUAUGGUAGUGAGCGGGCUUCCCAUCAGGAAUGGCGACACACAUGCGGGCGAAAUCGCAUCAAUGUCGUUAGAUCUUCUCCGUGCCAUAAAAACUUUCCGAAUUACAUUCCUUCCAAACGAAACUUUAAAGUUGAGAAUUGGAAUGCACUCAGGGCCUUGUGUAGCGGGAGUGGUUGGCCUCACGAUGCCAAGAUAUACAUUGUUUGGCGAUACUGUCAACACAGCAUCUAGGAUGGAAUCUAAUGGAGAACCCCUUAAAAUCCACUGCAGUGAAUCCUGCAAAACUUUCCUAGAUAAAUUAGGCGGGUAUACUUUGGAACCACGUGGUUUGGUUGAAAUGAAGGGAAAAGGGCAGAUGUUCACCUACUGGUUGGUCGGCGAAGAUGUUCACAUAAGACGACAGAGAUUGCAGAGAUGUAGUCAGACUUUGAAAAUGAACACAACUUGGGCUAGGGCUACCCGACAGGCGUAUCUACAGUUCUGUAAAUCUGAGAACAAUGGUGACAAAACAGGGGAUAGCCAACCACUUGUGGACCUUUUCAGAGAAAGCGAAAGCCACUCCAAUCACGACGAGUCCCCUAAAACCAACCACCAUGACAACUUCAGCUCACCGAAAGAAAUCCGAUCAUUCUCUUCAAAACUACGAUACAUUCCAAAUGGAAUUAUUUCUGAGGACAAACGUUUUAGUGAUAUCAAGUUGACAGGUUCAGGACAAGAUAUUGUUGAGCGGACAGCGUUGAUUUCCGAUCACGAUUUAUAUGAUAGCGAUCCCGAGGUCCCAGAGAGGACCAGGCAUCUGUCAGUCGGGAACAGAACGUAUGUUAGUCUGGUAGUGGGUGCUCCGGAAAGACCGAAAAGUGCCAGGAAUAAUAACAGGGAAAUGUUUGAUGUGAACAAUGAGAAUUCCCCGGAGUACCAGAAUCUAAUAUCUGACUCGGCGGUUUGAUAAUGGUACUAGAAAUUCUUAUGACGUUGUAAAGCACAUCAUCAAAAUACGCAACGCUGGAGAAAGAAAAAUAAUGACUUUGAAGAAUUUGUAGGAGUAAUUAUUUGGAAGCAUUUAGCAACGAAAAUAUUUUUACGUGAUGGUUGAUUGAGGAUAAAUGAUUCAGGAAAAAACAACUCAUUAGUCUUUUGUUUAUAUAGUAUAAUUUAGCAUAAAAAUAAAACCUUUCCCAUGGUUUACAACAAUAAUAUAUGGCAUUUAGAGUUUAUCGCAAAAAGUGUGUCGAAGGAUCAAAGCAUAUUGUGAUAUUUUCAUUCCGUCAUUCCAAAAUUUUCAAGACAUGUUGCCAUAUCAGCACCUUUCCAUAGGCAAAUUUGUAUGUGUAUAUUUAAGAGAGAGAGAAAGAGGGAGAGAAAGGCAUGUCUUUAAAUUAUUUGCACUGUAUGUUUGAAAGCAUAAAAUACAUUUUCUCAAAAUGCAUACCAUAUUUUGUUACUUUAAAUGAUAUAAUCUUUGUUGAAAUAAUAAAAAAAAUUUGGUUUUUCUUG